CCAGCAAGGAGUGAAUUUACCCACAUCUGGGUCAAAAUGUUUCUGUGUAACAAUCCAUAGUUCAUCUCCAGAUAGAACCCAGCUCUGUUCACACUAUUUGAAACAAUGAGUUCUGGUACUGAAAACAACUCCUGCGAGGGUUCUGAUGAAUCUUCUGAGAGUGAACUUCUUGAUCGGAGUCUGUCAGUUUGGCGAGGACGAGUGGCUAUUAAUGAAGAUGAAGAUUUUGUACCUUGUCCUCUUGACAUUCACACAGCUUCCAGCAUUGGACAUUAUGAAUGCGUCCGUUCUAUUUUGGUCAGGAAUGAAGUAAAUAUUGACUGCCGUAAUAAAGGUGGAUGGACCCCGUUGAUGUAUGCCAGCUAUAUUGGACAUGAAAACAUCUUGAACCUCCUGUUGAAGGCCAAUGCCAAUGUGAACAUAAGCAACUACAAGGGGCAAACAUCUUUGAUGUUAGCUUCCAGCUGUGGCAAUGAAAGAGUGUCCUAUUUCCUGUUUCAGCAUGGCUCUGAUCUUGAAGCAGUGGAUAAACGAGGAUGGACAUCCCUGUUCCAUGCCACAUAUGCCGGACACCAGAAUGUUGUCAAAUUCCUGUUAGAGAAUAAUGCCAACUUAAACGCCAGGGAACCAAGCCUGGGGAUGACCCCUUUCAUGGAAGCAGCUGCAGGAGGACACGAGAUUAUUGUUCAGCUUUUGUUGCAACAUGGUGUUCAUUUUAAUGCUAAGACCAUCAUUGGAGACACUGCCCGGUCACUGGCACUUAUCAAUGGAUAUAUGAAGAUUGUCAGUCUUAUUGACCAACAUGUAGCGAUGCGAGAAGACCCUGCCCGACUUCUAGCAGCACCGCAACUUCCUCGACAUCCUAUCAAUUGGGGCGUACGUACCAAGGAAUCAAGAGCUUCUCCUAAUAUACGAGAUGGGCCUGAUGCUUUUGCACGCAUCAUUGAGCAGUCAAGGAAGUGUGAUGUACAGAAUUAUGGUCGACUGCCUGACCAAAUAAGGAAAUGUGAUGUGCCAACCUUCCCGACCACUUCUGUUCCGGAAGGUUAUGUAACGUUUCCUAGAGGCAAUGCAGAAGAAACCUAUUUGCGAUACAGAGAUGUCACGUCACCUAUCAACCCACAAGAUCAUAAUCUAGAUAGUUCUGGAGGAAAAGAUUCUUGUGAUAAUGAAGAUGAAAGUACAGUGUUUUCUCAGACUGGGGCUUUGACUAUCAAAAGUAGUUCAGGCUCCAGUGGUGGUCUCGCUGCAGCUUUGCAACUUAGUCAUAGUAAUAGCUCAGACAGUGAUGAUGUUGUAAGUUCAUCAUUUCCCAAGAGUCUUUUACCAAAACAUGAGUAUGUAUCCGGUAAGCUCUCAAAAGAACGAGCCCACCAAACCCUAUCUCAGCCCUCUGUGAUUCCAAAAGAGAUGUUGGAGAUGCCUAGAGAUGAUGCACUUGGUCUUGCACAUUUAGAGAUAAGUUCUUCAAACAACCAGCUAAACCGAGGUUAUUCUUCUGAUCCUUGCCGUUUGACUUGGGGUACAAUAUCUGGUGAUUCAGUUCUUAACUCAAAUCAUGACAGGAAUCUGUUUUAUUUGGAUACUCAAUAUAAAAUCCAAAGUGACAGCGCCAAAAGACAUUUCACUCCACAUCAGACAGAAAACAAUGAAAUGAAAUCCUUUCCAGGCAAGGAACAAAUGUCACAGAAUCUGGAUUCUUGUAUUGGUUCUCCUCUAUCAAUUUAUCCCUCAGAUUUAAUAGUUGAUCCAUACAUUAGAACAUCGAACCUUGCAGGACAAUAUGCAAAUUUCCCAGUGAUUCAACCUGAUAACAAUACAGCAGGUCAAUUUCUUAUGCACAGAUCUCCAUCACAAAAUGAAUCAGAUUUUCCCUCUGAUAAACUUGAUCAAAACCACCUACACUUUUUAUCUACCAACUUAGGAGGGGUUGCUCCACCAACAAACUUUCCUGCUGUGAGUGAAAGUAAUGUAGUGAGGGAUUUAUAUUUUGGUGAUAAAUUAGAUUCGUUUUCACAACAAUGGCUGCCAUCUCACAGUAGCAACAGCAACAAUAAUGACAGUCUCUUUACGGAUGACACGCAAAAUAAUCCAAAUUGUCCCCCUGCCACUCUACAGACUAGAAAUGUCAACCCUGUAGAUUCACCCAAUCUACCUGUUUCAGUGACCCCAUCUGAUAUGCCUUCAGAUAAACCUCAAACCCUUGUUGAACUUUUACAACAGCUUGGACUCUUAAAAUAUUUGCCUGUAUUUGAAGAACAAGAUGUUGACCUGCAAGUUUUUCUUUCCCUCACGGACAACGACCUUAAAGAAAUUGGCAUUAAGUUGUUUGGUCCUCGGAGGAAAAUGGCCAGUGCUAUUGCACGUUGGCAUAGUAAUGUGCGAACACCCUGUGAUGGGUUGGAACGGGCUUAUGCAGAUCGUCUUGAAGCAGAAAUGCAGGAAAUGGCUAUUCAACUUCAUCAAGCUAAUUCUCAGGUAAAACUACUCGAAGCUGAAAUACUUCAGGAACAGAAGUUACGUUCUGUGACUGAGGGCUGCUUUAUGGAAGAACGAGCUCUUCGUCAGCGUGAGAGAUGUCGAAUGGAGGAAAUAUGCUGUCAGUGUCAACAAUUACAAGAAGCAUUUGAACAACUCAGAUAUUAUCGGUCUGAACUGCAUGAGAAAUUGUUGAAUCUUAUCUCAGGUGAUGUGAAGAAAGAACCAUGUGGGAGAGAAACUAUUCCUCUGGAUUCUUCCUUUCUCAAAGAACUGGAUGUUGUGAAGAAAAUGGAUAUUUGCUCGAAUGAGCUUAAACAGAAAAUGGACUUCAUCAGUAGCGCAUUAAACGAUCUUUUAUUGCAGGAAAAUAUUUCACCUGCAUUUGUACCGACCGCAUUUUCUUAGCAACAACAACAUCAGAAGCAUUUCUGUAAAAUUUCAAUGUCUGUCACCAAACAUUUUCCAUUUCUGACAUUUGUCCUCAAAGCACAUACCAAAGAAAUUUCAACAUUGUUGUUUGAUCUGGUCGAGUUCGUCUCAACAAACUCCUUCAAUAGGGACCAUAUGUUUUUGUUUUGUUUUGUUGGAUUUUUUAAACUUCUAAAUCUUAGGAAUACAUGCCUUACAAUUAAAACAAGAUAGCUAUAAUUAGAAAUGUAAAUCUAAUUCUUCGUUUGGCCAGAGAGUUCCGUAUUUGUAUUUACGCAAACAGAAUUGACCAGGGCUAUCCAACAACAACAAUAAUUACAAACCAAAGAAACAAGUGGGAGAUGGGGGGGCGGUCUACAGAAUUAGUAUGAAAGGGGAUAUGGAUGCUAGAAGUAGUAGCCACAUUGUCCUCAUGUCAGACACUAAAUACCAUCUUAAAAAGGAAGAACACUUACUCAGGAUUAUGUUGCUUUGGAACCAUUACAAGAUGGACAAGGUAUGGAUACCUUUUAUCAUGUGUCUGAACCGUCAAGGUUUACAAGUUUACCUGGGAUUUAAUGACAACAGAAAUAACUUUGUGAUGUGUGGUGUAGUCUGACCACUGUGCCUUGUAUUAAACUACUGUCCUUCACAUCAUACUCAUCUUUAUCAUCAUCAUCAUCAUCAUCAUCAUCAUUAUCGUUAUCUUCAUUGUCGUAUGUAUAAACUUUUAUGAUAAGUUGUCGUAAUAAUUUGUUUUACCAGA